AUGAACGACCCCGGCCUGGACGACCGCAUCCUUGACGCGUCCAAUCAGGUCUCUGAAAAUGCCUCCCCUUCCCAGCAUUCUGCCACCAACGUGCACUUGGACGAGGAAGAGGAAGAGAGGAGUUUCUUGACGCCCGCGAGGUGGUGGUAUGCCUCCACCGCGUUCCCUCUCGUUGCUGGUACGUUUGGCCCUAUGGCCAGCGCAUUCAGCAUAUGCGCCCUGGUGGAAAACUGGAGAGUAAAAAUACCUCCGGGCGGCAGCGAGGAACAUGGCAUCGACAUCAAGGACCCAAGCUGGCUAAUUGCUGUCAACGCGGUCUCUCUCGCCUGCGCUCUUAUCGCCAACCUGUCACUGCUACUUAACAUGGCCCGCCGCAUGCCAUUCAAGAUAGCCCAGCCAGUCACCAUUAUCGGUUUCUGGCUCGCUUCGAUCCUCCUCAUCGCUCUCAUCGCCGUCGCGUCCCAUGACUUCCAUGAGCCCGGGGUCCAGAAUCAAGCCCUGACCCAAGCCUACUACUACGCCACCUUUGCCGCCGGGUUGUACCAGAUCAUUUCUUACCUCAUGUGUGUCACUGUGUACGGAGCCUACAAGGGCCACUAUAGCAAGGAGUUCAAGCUCACCGUUGCGCAACGUACACUGAUGCUGCAAACUAUUGCAUUCCUUGUUUACCAGCUUCUGGGAGCCUUAAUUUACUCUCACGUUGAGGGCUGGAAGUUUCUGGAUGCCGUGUACUGGGCCGACUUCACCUCUCUCACCAUCGGCAUCGGAGCUGAUUACGUGCCCAAGACCAAUGUGGGACGUGGUUUGCUUUUUCCUUUUGCCAUAGGUGGCAUCAUCACCCUGGGUCUUGUGGUCAGUUCCAUUCGAUCACUGAUCCUGGAUCGAGGGAAGAAGAAGAUGGGGGCACGCUUGACCGAAAAGACUCGAGCUCGAUUGGUCAUGGAGAUUAACCGCAUCGUCAACAACAAAAGCCAUCUCAGAAGGCGCCUCAUUGGAUCAAACAACGGUCUCGCCAAGGCACUGGCCACCGGGGCGGGCGAUGAGGAGCUGUCCGAGCUCGACAGAAGGGAGGCCGAAUUCGAGGCGAUGCGAAGAGUCCAGGAAAGGGCGGCGACCGAGCGGAAGUACAUGAGCCUAGUGGUAUCGACGUUCGCGUUCGCAUUCCUGUGGACGAUCGGCGCUCUGGUGUUCUACAGCGCUGAAAAGAACCAAGAGUGGUCAUAUUUCGAAUCCGUCUACUUUUCAUAUACCACCCUCUUGACAAUCGGCUAUGGAGAUGUUGAACCGAUGAGCAACAGUGGAAAACCGUUUUUUGUGUUCUGGUCACUGCUUGCGGUGCCCACGCUGACGAUCCUGGUCUCAGACAUGGGAGACACAGUGGUCAAAGCUGUGAAAGAGACAACUAUCUGGCUUGGUGAGAUCACCGUUCUUCCCAGCGAUGAAGACACCACGAGAAAUCGGUUGAAGCAUGGUCUGUAUAAAGCCACACUCGGGAAAAUUGACCCUCGUCAUUCAUUUUCCCGAGAUAUGGAAGAAGGCUCAAGCAAUGACGAUGACGAAAAGGAACUUCAUCCAGGAUUAAUCCGGCUGUUCGGUAGACAUGGUAGAAAGCGAAGAAACAAGGGUGAUCAUAAGGCGGUAGAUCGACUAGCCGCAGAUUUUGAGGGCUCCGAAGAGAUAGAUGAAACAAACGCCCGCAACCAGGGUGAUCGAGCGGAAGAAGGCAGGUUUGACCGGUCGUAUGAACACCAUUAUCGCCAUGCUCUCCUUGCCCAGAUCCGCAAAGUAUACGCCGACACCAUGGCAGCCACGCCCAAAAAGUACAACUAUGCGGAAUGGACCGUGUUUCUCAAAUUGCUGGGAGAAGACGAGGCAGACCCGUCCUACCACAAACGGGCAGUGGACCUAGCCCAUGGAUCAAAGGGGGAAGAAACACCCAAAGACAGUGGACAAGAGGCCACAUACUCGAACCAAGAAGGAACAGGCGCAGAACAGAAGAAGAAAUGGAGUUGGAUAGGCGAUCGAAGUCCAUUGAUGGGAGACAUGGAGGAAUCAGAAUGGCUACUGGAGAAACUAUUCCAGAGGCUAGAGGAAUCUCUCCGCGGCGAAGGCCGCGAGAAGGAAGAAGAUACCAAGAGGGAGACAAGUCGAAACCAUCCGGGUGAGCCGUCACAACCUCCAGAGACUGAAGUUGAUGCCACGGGCAGGCAUAUGGUGAAAGGGAGUCAAUCCCACACAGGUCAAGAGAGUGCUGCAAGCAAGCCUGAAGAGGGGGAGCAGGAGGGGGGAUGA